UAAUGUGUUUUUGUUGUGUGCACUGCAGUAUGGCAAAACAUUGAUCAACCUUACCUUAAAGUCUAUAACUUUAUACAAACCUUAAUGUGAUUUUGGAGACUAGGUUUUUGUUCUGCUGCAUAUAUAUAUGGGUUCUGGAAAAUGGUUUAGAGCAAUCAUGAACCUAAAGAGAUUGAAGAUCAGACUACCAAAGUCAGUAAUAAAAAACAGGAGAAGAUAUCGCGGUGAGCAGCUGAAUGAAGACAUUGCUGCGACGCGAAUUCAAGCUGGUUUCAGGGGAUAUAUGGCGAGAAAGGCUCUGCGUCGUCUAAGAGGGACAAUGAGAUUUCGGGGGAUUUUGAUUGAUGGUUGUUACUAUAACCAGCAAGUAUCAGCCACUCUGAAGCAUAUUCAUUCCUGGAGCAGAAUACAGUCAGAGAUGAAGGCUCGUCGCCUCUCCAUGGUCACUGAAGGGAGGCUGAAGCAGAAGAAGAUUCAGAGUGAACUUAAACUGCAGGCUAAGCUUCAUGAGCUCGAGGUGGACUGGAGUGGCGGGUCAGAAACGAUGGAGGAAGUUCUUCAAAGGAUACAGCAGAGGGAAGAAGCCGCCAUUAAAAGGGAGAGGGCUAUGGCUUAUGCGUUUUCUCAUCAGUGGAGGGCGAGUUCGAGUCACUAUUUUGGUCAAGCCUAUUACGAUUUGGGGAAAGAUAGGUGGGGAUGGAGCUGGACGGAACGGUGGAUAGCUGUUCGUCCAUGGGAAACCAGGGUUCAAGCGAAGCCUGUGAAUUCGAACAAGGAAGGUAAUCAAACUCCAAACUUGGGACCUCUGAAACUACUUGUUUCACAGAAAUCUCCACUCACAAAUGUUAUAAAGAGUUGUGCAAAAAGCUAGAAAACUGUCCGGCCAUAAUUCAUUCUGGGAAUCAAAUUUGUAAAGAGACAGAUACUUGAGCCAGGCAAGUUCAUCCUUCCUUAUACUCACACAACACAAAUCAAAGAAUGCAUCAAAAGAGACCAUUCAGUCUCGUUUAUUACUUGUGUCUGAUGCAAGAGAUUGAAUUCUUGAAAUAUAUUUUGUUGUAUUACAUGUAACUGAUACAAUGGUCCAAUGCCUUUCUAGUCAUAACAACUCAGAUUUCCCUA